GCCAUGGCUCCUAAGGGUGGCUCCAAGCAGCAGUCCGAGGAGGACCUGCUCUUGCAGGAUUUCAGCCGCAACCUCUCGGCCAAGUCCUCCGCGCUUUUCUUCGGGAAUGCCUUCAUCGUGUCUGCCAUCCCCAUUUGGUUAUAUUGGCGAAUAUGGCAUAUGGAUCUUAUUCAGUCGGCUGUUCUGUAUAGUGUGAUGACCCUAGUAAGCACCUAUUUGGUAGCCUUUGCAUACAAGAAUGUAAAAUUUGUUCUCAAACACAAAGUAGCACAGAAGAGGGAGGAUGCUGUUUCCAAAGAAGUAACUCGAAAACUUUCUGAAGCUGACAAUCGAAAGAUGUCUCGAAAGGAGAAAGAUGAAAGAAUCUUAUGGAAGAAGAAUGAAGUCGCUGAUUAUGAAGCUACAACAUUUUCCAUCUUUUAUAACAACACUCUAUUCCUGGUCUUGGUCAUUGUUGCUUCCUUCUUUAUAUUGAAGAACUUCAACCCUACAGUGAACUAUAUUUUGUCCAUAAGUGCUUCAUCAGGACUCAUCGCCCUCCUGUCUACUGGCUCCAAGUAGACCAUGUCAGCUUUCCCCCUGACUUUGUAUUUAUGGGUGGCCUGUGGUAUAUGGAAAAGUAGCAGGAUGGUCAGGGUGGGAGACACACCAGAUGUUUUUGUAGUCUGGAAUUCAAGGAUUUAAAAAAAACCAACAAAAUGUAAUUCAGUAUUUGUUUAUUGGCUCUUUUUGACAGAUUGUUGAAAUUAAAUGAACUGAAAGAGAAACGCAGAGUACUAGGACAUUUAUUAAAAGGCAAAAAGUGUCUUCAAAUGUGUUAUAGUCAUAAAAAGAGAAAAUAACUUGUUUCUUUGAUCUUUCAGAGGUCACAGUAACCUUGGCUGAGCUGUUAUUAUUUAUAAUAGUAGCAAGAAGUUAAUAACUGGUCCUCUGUGUUCCAAGCACAAUAUUAUAACUUUUUUUGAACCAAUAUCAGAAUGAGUCUUCUCCCCUGGGGUGUUGAACAGAAGCCUCAUGUUUACAAGUUUCUGAAUUUGUGAUUUGAAAUAACUCAAUUAAAUUUAAAAACAUGGUUUCUCCAACUCAGGGAUGAGAAAUUUUAGAAAAGUUUUUUUGUUUUGUUUUGUUUUUUUUAAAAAAAGCAGCCAAUGUAAUACCUAAAAAUAGUGCCCAAGCAUAUGGAAGUUGUCCUGUGGUCUUAAAGCACACACUGUUCGGCUAUAUGCCUUGGGCCCUGGGUGGCCAGGGAGGUCACCUUGACCCUGCCAUGUUGGUUUGACCUGUAAGAGACCAGAAUCAUUGUUUUCUUUGACCAUGGUCUCACACCACUGGAGGAAUGUUAAGUAAGGGAGAGAACUUCUUUCCUAAAUAUUGAUACGUAAAAAACCAAAGUAAUUUUUGUAACCUUAUUUCCAGAAUUCUGAGAACUCUUGAAAGGAAGGAAUAGUGGUUUUAGUGCUUGUCUGCAUGUUUCCAUUAGUACUUUCAUAAAUUUAACCAUUUAUCCCAUAGGUUCCCAUCAGUUAUGAACCAAAUAUUGGUUUCAGUCCAGCUGAGAGCAGGCUGUUGCAUUUUUACCAGUGUGUGUACAGAUAUUUUCUGCAUGUGGCCUGACUUGAAAAAGCUCACGAAGGUUUACUUUAACCUAUAUCACUUAAAAGGCUAUGGAAUCACAGGUGAUAACGGUUUCCUAUUAGCUUGUGACCAUAUCCAGUAA